AUGCCCCGAAAGACAUUGAUCCUCGCCGGAGCCCCCCUCUCAUCCGCCCUGACCUGGGAUCCCUCUGGCCUGCUGAACGACUUCUCACCCCCCUUCACGGCGUUCCUCAGCGACGACAACCCGCCAGACAUCCCACCAUCCAGCAACCCAUCAUGGCGCUCCCUGCCCCUGACGCGCCAGCGUCUUGAGACGGGCCUCUCGCAGGUCCACGCCUACCCCAACACCCCCGCCUUGCAACCAGACGCCAACUUCUUCACAACGUCCCUCACCACAUCAACCCCGAGCUCCGGCUCUCACGACCUCACGACCCAGUUCUACGACCACUCCCUGGCGCACCACACCGCCCUCCCCUCCUCCCCCGUCCCCGGCCCCGCCGAAGAAACAACAUCCUUCCUCACAACCUCGACCUCCUUCGCCUCAAACCCGCCCAGCGAGCCUCCACUCCCCAGGGCACCCACCCACCAACCCCUCCACCUCUCCGACCUCGAAGACGUGCCCCCCGCCCCCUCCCUCCUAGCCCUCCACCCGCAAACGGUAACCCUAAACCUCAUAGCCGGCGUCAUGGCCCCCUCGGCCCGCGCCCCGGGCGGACAUCCGCAGGUUGACAAGACGAGGAGGGUCUGGGAUUGGGUGCUGCGGUUCGUGGGUGGUGGUGAUGAGGAGGGGGAGAGGGGCGCGGGCGGGGGAAAGGCGAAGAGAAGAGGGUGGGACAGACCGCCGGAUGAUACACAAUAG